CCGCGAUUACUAUUGAUUUACAGUUUUACACCACUUCGUCUUCUCUUCUUUUGAAAUUCCGGGGUUCUGCAGCUUCUGCUGUUUAGGGUUUUACUGCUGAUACAGCGUUUCCGCACUUGAGUUUGGUGUCAAACAUGUUAAACAUCAAGAACACUAUUCUGAGGCAUGUGAGAGUGGAGAACUCAACACAGUUCUUGUCUAUGGUAGAAAAUGGAGGUAUUCUUAACAAAUUGGGAAGGAAUAUGUGUGUAUCAUCUGCACAUAACAGCUCGGAUAAACUCAUGGAUCGAGUGAUUGGAAUGGUUAAGAAAUUUGGGGGAAUUGAUUCAGCCAUGGUUACAGAGACAGCUAGUUUCCAAAAAGACUUGAGCCUUGACAGUUUAGAUAGGACAGAACUUGUUAUGGCUUUUGAGCAAGAAUUUUCAAUUGAAAUUCCCGAUGAGGUAGCGGACAAACUCAAUUGUUGUGCAGAUGUAGCCAAGUACAUAGAAUCUACAGCUGAGAAGAAGAUCAAAGAGAAUUGAGCUGAUCAGAAUUGUACUUCUUGUGUUUUGUUCCUAAACAACUUGAGAUUGUCAAGUUCUUUGCUAUUUUGUGCAUGAUAGGUGUUGUGAAUGUUGGGGAAAUAGAAAACAUCUUGAUAAGUUCAGUGAUACUGAUAUUUGUACUACCCGUUUUUCAUAUUAUAUGUGGAGGGAACAAGGAUAAGAAGAUUUACAAAUAGGGUUGUUGAUCAAUCUGCAACAAACUCACCAUCACUGUAUAACAAUGCAUAUUGGUGUAUUUAAUGGUAGUAUAUCUACACAUCUGGCACA